AUGUCAAAGAUACUAGUUGAAAAGAAUAAUAUUUUGAUGAAUAAGAUUAAGAACCUAAUGCCAACAGAUAUUGAAAUCAUUUCUAAAACUAUUCUAGAAGACUUGAUUGAUGAAUAUUUAGAAUUACUUAAAAAUUUU